AUGGAUAAACAUUCUGGGGAUUCUUCAUCAGCACAUGCUGCCGCAGGUUCAACUGAGAUUCCCUCACUCAAUGCUCAGAAAAAAGGGGCAAGCAGUGCAUGGGGAAUCCCACGAGCAAAUGAGGUGUUCCAUGAUUCAAGUGAUAUCAGCUUGUUUUCUAGUUCACUGCCUGUUCUUCCACAUGAAAAGUUAGAUUUGACUGAUUCUGAAAAUAAUGGCCAACCGGAUGAUGAUAGCUUGCUCAUAUUAGAGAAAGUUAAUAAAGAAGAUGAGGGACAUGAUCCUUUUGAUGAUUUUGAAACCAAUGCAAUAGGGAACAUGCUUCCUGAUGAUGAAGAUGAGCUUUUAGCUGGUAUUAUGGAUGAUUUUGACCUCAGUAAAUUGCCCAGCCAACUGGAGGAUUUAGAUGAAAAUGAUGUGUUUGUCAACGGGGGAGAAUUUGAGAUGGAUUUUGAAUCCCAAGAGAGUCUUAACAUUGGAAUGUCCAAGAUAAAUAUAUCAGAUGGAGUUGCUUCAAAUGGUAUUGGUCACUAUGCAAUCCCAAAUGGUGUUGGAACGGUGGCUGGGGAGCAUCCCUAUGGAGAGCAUCCAUCAAGGACACUAUUUGUUCGAAACAUCAACAGUAAUGUCGAGGACUCUGAAUUACGAACACUAUUUGAGCUAUAUGGGGAUAUCAGAACUUUGUAUACAGCAUGCAAACAUAGAGGCUUUGUGAUGAUAUCAUACUAUGACAUUCGAGCUGCUCGCACUGCCAUGCGUGCUUUACAAAACAAGCCGUUGAGACGGAGAAAACUUGAUAUUCAUUUUUCAAUUCCUAAGGAUAACCCCUCAGAAAAAGAUAUUAAUCAAGGAACCCUUGUAGUGUUCAAUUUAGAUCCAUCAGUCUCAAAUGAUGACCUUCGGCAAAUAUUUGGGGCUUAUGGUGAGGUCAAGGAGAUCAGGGAAACUCCACAUAAGAGGCACCAUAAAUUCAUUGAAUUUUAUGAUGUUAGAGCAGCAGAGGCAGCUCUUAAAGCAUUAAAUCGAAGUGAUAUUGCUGGGAAACGCAUAAAACUGGAACCUAGUCGCCCUGGUGGAGCACGUAGAAACUUGAUGCAACAACUGAGUCAAGAACUGGAACAAGAUGAAGCUCGAACUUUUAGACAUCAAGUGGGUUCACCCCUGGCCAAUUCUCCUCCUGGUAGCUGGGCACAAUUUGGUAGUCCGGUUGAACACAAUCCAUUAGGUUCUUAUAGCAAGUCCCCUGGUUUGGGUCAUGCCAGUCCCAUUAAUACCAAUCAUAUGUCUGGUUUGGCUGCAAUUCUUUCCCCACAUGCAACAACCUCUCCCAAGAUUGCACCAAUUGGCAAGGACCCUGGAAGGACUGCAAAUCAGAUGUUUGCAAACUCCGGAUCAACACAAGGAGCAUCUUUUCAGCAUUCUAUGUCCUUUCCUGAGAAAAAUGUAAAUGCAAGUCCAAUGCCUAUAUCUAAUUUUGGCGAAUCAAGUUCAGGUGCAUCAAGUAUUGGAACACUGUCUGGUCCUCAGUUUCUUUGGGGAAGCCCAACUCCUUACCCCGAGACUUCGAACACUUCUGCCUGGUCUUCAUCUUCUGUGGGCCUUCCAUUUACAUCUGGUGUCCAGAGGCAGGGUUUCCCAUAUACUAGUCAUCGAAGUCCUUUUCUUGGCUCCCAUUCCCAUCACCAUGUUGGGUCUGCUCCAUCUGGUCUUCCACUUGAUAGGCAGUUUAACUACUUCCCUGAAUCACCUGAAGCUUCUCUCAUGAGCCCUGUUGCUUUUGGGAAUUUAAAUCAAAGUGAAGGGAAUUUUAUGAUGAACAUGGGUGGUCACGCAUCCAUAGGAGCUGGUCUCUCAGGAAAUAUUGCUGAACUUAGUUCUCCUAAUUUCAGAAUGAUGUCACUUCCUAGGCCUGGUUCCUUGUUCCAUGGAAAUAGUUCAUAUGCUGGACCAGGAGCAAAUAACAUUGAUGUAUUAGCUGGACGUGGACAAAGUAGACGGCCUGACAAUGCUGGGAACCAAAUGGAUAGUAAAAAGCUAUACCAGCUUGAUCUAGACAAAAUCGUCAGUGGUGAAGAUGCAAGAACUACUUUAAUGAUUAAAAACAUCCCUAACAAGUAUACCUCAAAGAUGCUACUUGCUGCAAUUGAUGAGAAUCACCGGGGUACUUAUGACUUUCUGUACUUGCCAAUUGACUUUAAGAAUAAGUGUAAUGUGGGUUAUGCUUUUAUCAAUAUGGUGUCUCCUUCACACAUCAUCCCCUUCUAUAAGGCCUUUAAUGGGAAAAAGUGGGAGAAGUUCAACAGUGAAAAGGUUGCUUCACUGGCUUAUGCACGGAUACAAGGAAAGGCUGCACUUGUGAUGCAUUUCCAGAAUUCAAGCUUAAUGAAUGAGGACAAACGAUGUCGGCCAAUUCUCUUUCAUUCAGAGGGCCAAGAUACUAGUGACCAGGAACAUUUUCUGUCUAGCAAUUUGAAUAUAUGCAUUCGUCAACCAGAUGGAUCGUAUUCAGCUGACUUGUUGGAGAGCCCGAAGGGGAAUUUGGAUCAGAAGUUAGAGAAAGAUUAA